AUGAGACCAUUCAUCCUGCAUGUCUUCUUCUUCUUCUUCCUCCAUGGGUGCGUCCUGCAGGGAGCGGCAGCGCUGUCGACGAGCUCGCGGUGGAUCGUCGACGACGACGGAUCAAGGGUGAAGAUGGCCUGCGUGAACUGGGCGGCGCAUCUGGAGGGUGUGGUGGCGGAGGGGCUCUCCAGGCGGCCGCUGGACAGCAUCUCGAAGAAGAUAUCCUCGCUAGGGUUCAACUGCGUGAGGCUCACCUGGCCUCUCUUCCUCGCCACCAACGACUCCCUCGCCUCCCUCACCGUCCGAGAAUCCUUCCUCCGCCUCGCCCUCCACGACUCCAUAGUCGGUGUCGAGGCCAACAACCCAGAGCUCAUCGACGCGCCCCUCAUUCAAGCUUUCCAGGUGGGUUUCCGGCGAUGGUGGAGCACGGUGAGGUCGCCGCCGCUGUGAGCACUGAUCAGUGGCACCUCCAGCAGGCUGCGGUGGCAAGCUUGGGCCGCAACAACAUCAUGGUCAUCCUCGACAACCACACCAGCAAGCCGGGCUGGUGCUGCAGCGCCUCCGACGGCAGCGGGUUCUUUGGGGACCUGUACUUCGACCCGGAGGAAUGGCUCAGGGGGCUCGCCCGCAUGGCGACGCUCUUCAGCACCACCCCCGCCGUGGUCGCCAUGAGCCUGCGCAACGAGCUCCGCGGCCCCCGCCAGAACGUCACCCAGUGGUACACCUUCAUGACCAGGGGCGCCGAGGCCGUCCACGCCGCCAACCCCAACGCACUGGUCAUCCUCUCCGGCCUCUCCUUCAGCACCGACCUCAGCUUCCUCCGCCGGCGACAGCUCGACGACCUGCCCUUCGCCAGGCGGAAGCUGGUCUUCGAGUUCCACUGGUACGCCUUCUCCGACGGGCAGGCCUGGGCCCGCGGCAACCCCAAUCAGGUCUGCGCCACCGUCGCCGGAGGCGUGAUGCGCCGCGCCGGGUUCCUCCUCGAGCAGGGCUGGCCGCUGUUGAUGAGCGAGUUCGGUGCCGACCAGCGGGGGACCAACGUGAACGACCGGCGGUACUUGAGCUGUGCUCUGGCGGCGGCGGCCCAUCUUGACCUGGAUUGGGCACUUUGGGCUCUGCAGGGAAGCUACUACAUCCGGGAAGGGACGGCGGGGGUGGAGGAGGUGUAUGGCUUGCUGAGCUCGGACUGGUGUAGCAUCCGCAACGCCACUUUCCUCCAGAGGAUCUCUGCCCUCCAGUCACCCUUCCUAGGUCACCACCACAACUCUUCCAGCUUGCUUCGCCAUUUCUUUAUCUCGUCGAAAUCCACACACCCAGAUCAUUUUCAGACAAGAACAUCAUCACCCUUCAACGAAAUCUUCGACAGAAGGCAUCAUCCUUUGGUAGUUUAGUUUCCACCAUAGGCUAUUUGUCAGGUCUUUCGCGAGAUGUUCGUCUUACCAGGGCUGUCAAUCAGCCGGAUAAAUCUGGCAUGGGGCUGUUGAUGCAGGUCCCGGGCUGCCAAGCUCGCCGCCAUACCAGAUCAUCUUCCACCCGGCGUCGGGGCUCUGCCUGCUGGGCAGUUCUCGGGCCGGAUCGGUGCGGUUGGGGCGGUGCACUGAGACGGAGGCGUGGAGCCACACGGCGGAGGGGACCCUGGCGCUGAGGGACACGUCGUCGUGCCUCCGAGCGGAAGGAGCGGGCAAGCAGGCGAGGAUCAGCACGCAGUGCGGUGGCGCCGCCUCCCGGUGGGCGGCGAUCUCCGACUCGAAGAUGCACCUGGCGUCGCAGGUGCCCGGCGACGGCGGUGGAACGGUGUGCUUGGACGUCGGAGCCGACGGCACCACGGCGAUUACCAACCCCUGCGAGUGCCUGACUGGCGGCGGUGGGGCUUGCGAGCCGGAGAGACAGUGGUUCAGGAUCGUCAGCAGUGCCCGGCCGAUCGCCGCCAAGAGCUCCGCCGCUGCUGGCGACUGGGGUUAUCUCAAGCGGGUGGAGGCGUUCGACGUCCUAUCUAGCUGA